AUGAACGGCGAUGCCUACAAACGGCCCGUCGGCUUCUGGGGCAAAAUUGUCGGCUCUUUGUGCGUGAUCGCUGGUGUGCUGACAAUCGCACUGCCGGUACCGGUUAUCGUCAGUAAUUUCAAUUACUUCUAUCACCGCGAAACGGAUCAGGAGGAGAUGCAGAGCCAAAAUUUCAACCACGUUACAAGUUGUUCAUAUUUACCUGGUGCACUAGGUCAACAUUUGAAGAAAUCCUCACUAUCCGAAUCGUCAUCGGACAUCAUGGAUUUGGAUGAUGGCAUUGAUGCAACCACGCCAGGUUUGACUGAUCAUACGGGCCGCCAUAUAGUGCCAUUUCUGAGAACGCAGCAAUCCUUUGAGAAGCAACAGUUGCAGCUGCAAGUGCAACAGCAGCAACAAGGACAAAAUGGCUUGAGAAAUACAAAUAUCUGUCAGUUAAGACAUAAUAACGCAAUGGCCGUCAGUAUUGAAACCGACGUCUGA